AUGGCUCUGCGCAAUCUCAAUCAAUACUUUCCGUCUUGGGGCUCUAAUAACAAUGCGGAAGAUCAGGGCCCAUCUCACCAUUUCUUCUCUCCUCGCGGCGAAGCCGAUCAUCCUUAUCCCAACCCAUGGCCAUCCCAGUCGGGCAACGGUCGAGGUGGUCGCCCAAAUAAUCCCUACCCGCCUCAAUGGGCCCAACCCGGUGAUGAAGGUGAGGGCAACAACGCCAACAAUGAAGCCGGCGACACUUCCCGUAAACCAUACCCUUACCCGGGCCACAAUCAGCAAUACCAGGGCCCUCCAUGGUAUCAGCCCCAAGCCUACCCUGGUCCGGCAGAUGGUAGAAAGCCCUACUCUGCCUCAUGGGAUGAUGACAAGCCCAAGUCCUCUUCUCGCAAGCCGUAUCCCUACCCUGGACCAGGUGAUAGCCACAAAUCCAAGCCCUCAUACGCCCGUCAACCGUAUGAGUAUCCGGGUGAUCCCCAAAGCGCAGGUCAGAGAUAUCCGGACAACCCUCAGGGGCCAUUCCACGGCGGCCAGAACAGUGGGCCUGGUAAAGGACAAUGGGGUGGGUAUGGCUCAUAUGGCGGUUUCGGGCGAGGGGGCAACGAGCCUCCUCAAGCGUCCCAGGACCGUGAGGAACCUAGUCAGCAAGAACCCAAAAAAUCCCCUGCCCCCGCAUCAGAGAAAUUCAGGCCUGAGGUUGAUCUCUUCGAUGCCCCUGAGGCAUUUGUGAUUCACGUGCCUCUGCCUGGCGCGCAGAAGGAAGAUAUCGAAAUCAACUACGAUCCAAAGACAGUGGAACUCAGCGUCACUGGAGUGAUCAACCGCCCUGGCGGUGAGGACUUGAUUAAGUCGAUUGCGCUGGAUGAGCGAAAGGUUGGGGCGUUCGAGCGCAAGGUGCGACUGGGCAGUCGGGCGAACCCGCCGAAGAUAGAUGCGGAUGCGAUUACGGCCAAGCUGGAGGAGGGUAUUCUUAUUGUUGAGGUGCCGAAGACGGAAGCGGAUGAUGUUGAGAUUAGAAAGGUUGAGAUUGAGUGA